ACGUGUGUCUGAGAGGCUGCUGAAGGCUGUUGCAUAAUCGCUGUAGUUGAACGAGGGCAGAGGCGCUCGUCGUCCGCGCUCAGACCGGAUCCCAGAGCUGAGAAACCGGUUGGUGUUCAUGGAGUGGAGCUUGGCUGUGGUGUGGACCUACCUGCUGGUGGCCGGACUCACACUGGCCUUCUCCACUACAACCUCCAAGACUGGCCCCCGACCUCCGCGGCUAAUUGAUUGUGUGUUCCAGCAAAGCGCUAAUGUCACCUGCCGCUGGGAGGCUGGUGACACCCCAGCGACACACUACACUCUGGUUGUGAGGACUCUAAAUAACAACAGGCAGUUCACUUGCACCACAACUGACACCAGCUGCACGGCGAUCACCAACUACACCGUGAGGGUUGACUUCUGCAUCACCGUCACAGCACACAGUCACAGCCGGGACAUAUCGUCGGAUCGUCCGUGUCAGUCUGGUAGGAUUGAAGUGAUGUUGAAUCCGGUGCCUUUGAAUAGCGUGAAGCCAGUCAGAGGGAGACCUCAAUGUCUGAAUGUAACCUGGGUGCACAUCACGAGUGUCUUUCCUGUAAGUCUCCGGGAAAUCUACGAUGGAAACCUGAAAUCCCAAAUUGAGUUCACCGCCGAGGGGAAGUUGAAUGUCCAGGUUGAAAAUGCGACAGUGAAAAACACCAGCUUCCUGGUGUGUCUUUUCAGGCCUGACACCUUAUACACCAUCAGGCUUCGUCACAGCUUCAAGGGCCCACAGAGUCCUUGGAGCCCGUGGAGCAAUGCCCGCCAAGGAAGGACAGGAGAGGAUGCACCAUCUGCAGCGCCAGCUUUCUGGAGGCGAGUGAAACAAACAGACAAGAAUGAUUGGAGACUCGUCUCACUGCUCUGGAAGCCCUUGCCUCGCUUUCUAGCCAGUGGCAGAGUUCUCUUCUUCAAUGUGACUUGUCAGACAGAAAGCGCUCAGAUCCUGAACGAUCAUGGGAGCUGCAGAGAUUUGCCCCAUACAAGUACUUCCUGCAGCUUGCGCCUCCCUGCUGGACGAUGCUCCUGUGCCCUGACGGCCUCCACCUCUGCAGGGACCUCGCCAGAAGCCCGAAUAUGGCUCCCUGGAGCUUCUGAGACAGAGCUUCCGCCCCCGGAGCAAAUCACUGCAAGUCCGCUGGAUGACAACAGCUUGGAUGUUCGUUGGACAGCUCCAGCGAAUCAGUCACCGAGCGGCUUUGUAGUGGAGUGGUUUGCUGUCGGACAGAACAGCAGCAUCCUACACUGGGAAAGGCUGAAUAGUUCCUGUACAUCGCUGGUCAUCACAGAGGGAGUAAAGCCAAUGAAGCGUUAUGUUGUUUCGGUCAAGGCUCUGUAUGGUGAACAAGGGGCGGGGCCAAACAUGACGGUCCACAAUUAUACAUGCCAAGGAGUGCCCUCAGCUUAUCCUGCAGUGGAGACGCCGAAGAUCAUUGGCAGCACAGUGAAGCUCGUCUGGAGUCCUGUACCUGAGGAGCUGCUUCAUGGUUUCAUCCGCAACUACAUAGUCUCCUACUCAAAAGCCAACCAAACAGCCAAGAGAGUGCCUCUGCGUGGUGACCUUCACAGUUAUUCUCUGGAGAAUCUGUCGCCUGGUCACUAUAACAUCUCAGUUCAGGCCAACACUGAUGCUGGAGCCGGACCAGCUUGGAUCUGUCAUGUGUACAUAUCCUCUGAGGAAAUCUCGAUAGUGAUGUGUGUCCUCCUACCUCUCUUGCUGACUUCACUGGCGCUGGUGUUGAUGGUCUGCCUGACACAGAAUAAGAUGGUGAAACAGAAGCUGUGUCAAGACGUCCCGGAUCCCUCCAAAAGCAGUUUAGCCCUCUGGAAGCAAAAAAUUGCUUUGGAGAGUAUGAGGCGGCCUGCAACCGAAGAGAAGACUGAAAUCAAAUACUCUGAAGUUAUUUUGCUUAGCGAAAGCGAGCUACAGGACCCAGAUAAGGACAUCAACUAUCAAAGCUUCCGUAAACUCCAAACAUAUUCCACUCCCUGCUGCUCUCCGCUCCCGGUUUCACGUGAAACCCCUCAAAAUACCAGAAAAUUGGAGGUCGGGUGCAACAAAAGCUCCACCGGAGCCAAAACGACCUCCAACACUGAUCUCUCCUCCAGCAUCUCCAUCUACUCCAACAUCCUCUUCACUCAGACUCCAAAAAGUCUCCCUGCACCUCAUCUCCAAUCCAUCGACUGGCAGCAGAGCGCUGUCAGCGUUAAUGGCGUUAAGCAACAGGCAGGUGGAGGCCGUGAGCCGUCUCUGUUCCUGCAGGGCAGGAGCGCCGCGACGUCUGAUUCACCUCUUUCCCAAACAGAUCAACUGAAAAACUUGCAUCAGUUACUGAGGCAGCAUCAAAACCCUGCCUCCUUCUCCGACUUCAACAGCAUCUCUCAUUCCUCCGUCUUCCCCUAUCACCCAGCUCAGGUCGUCUUGCCCCAAAAUCCUUUUUCUCAAAACCUCUGUAACUCGGUCCCGUCACUCCAGCACGACGCCUACCCUCGCACCGAUGCUCUCUCUGACUCUUUAACUACGUCGCUUUCAACUUUUCCUCAAACUCUUUUUGUGGAUUUUUCCUACUGUCCUGUGGAGUGUAACCCCUAGUUUGACGCCAGGGAAAAUAAAACUCUGAUUAGUUUUAUUGCAGUGUUAAAUAAUAUGCACAUAAAGCUUUCAGUAUUUUGUCAUUGUGGAAAUUUAAAAUCUGUUUUAAAUCAGUCUGAUCAAGAGAUUGUUUUUUUCUUGACAUUUUUAAUGCUCAGAAUCCAGAUAUAUGUUAAAAUAAUAACCUGGCUCAGUCCAAAGGUAAAUAAAAAUGGCCUACCAGCACCACUAAAGCUCACUUAUGGGCACAUGCUUGUGUAAUCUGUGUAAAAACAAUCUGUGGUUCUAAGCAGGACUUAUUGGCUUACUUUUGGGCAGAGCCAGGCUAGCUGUUUACACCUGUUUCCAGCCUUUAUGUUAUGCUAAGCAAAGCAGCUGUAGCUUCAUAUCUUUUGUACAGACAACAGAGUGGUGUCAGUCUUCUCAGCUAACUCUUAGCAAAAAAGCGAAUAAGCAUUUUUCCCAAAACAUCCAAUUGUUACUUGACAUCCUCUAUGUUUCAAGAGGCUGAAUACUUUUUAUUUUAUAAUACAUUGUAUUAUUUGUGAUUGUUUUUGGAUUUUUUUUGUCCAUGUUUGAACCGAAGGUUUUUAUAAUAAUAUUUCAUUCAAUUGGUACACGUAGGCUACUGUAUAGUAUGUUUGAGCCCUUCUUGAAUACUGAGGAAUGUAAAUAGUACAAAACACUGCUGUCUUCUGUACAUAUACACUGACGUUUGAGAAUGCCUGUUUUAUUUUUCUUUAUUCAGUGCAAUGUAUUUAUGAAUGUGCUGAAUACAGCUAAAAGCAAUUUAGGAUUGUUCAUGAAAGCUUUACUUUUUGGGUUGUCUGGGCUUAUAUUGUGUGUAUGAAUAUUUGCUGGGUAUAGGGGAAAAAAAUAUAAAAAGUUUUCAAUUGUGACACAGCAUACAAAGACUUACCAGAUUGCAUGCCAGUUAACAGAAUUUUUCACAGACAGAACAGAAAAUUCCUGUUGGUCCGUUUCUCCUGGUGGCAGCUGAUUCUCAUUGUUGAUGCAGUCUGUCUUAUCUCAACAUAUUACAUAUUUUUCUCUGAUACACACUUGCAGUUCAGACGUUCUCAGCUCUUAGGAGUUCUGUAAGUCAUCUCAUGUUACUUUGAAAACACACAUACCUCAUAUUCAGACCUUGUUUGUAGCUAAAAUGCUGCUGACCUUAUAAUGAGCCACGUUUGUAGCAGUGUUUGCGAUUACUUCAGAAUGUGAUUUUUUUUUAUGUUUAAGGAUGUUAAAAUGUGCAGUUAAUGCAUGAACCACUGUCUCAACAUUAAAACAAGAAU